CAUGGAUGCGAGCACACAAGAGGACAUCUUCCAUCCUUCGUGUGUGACUGUGUGUGUGUGUGUCUAUAUAUAUAUAUGCAUAUCGAAAAGCUAUAUAUUUAUGUGCUCCCAGGCUCGUUCGCUUUGGGACGCCAACUUAAAUCAAGCCAAGUCAAGUACGCCUACGUACUUGUGCCCUUCCCCAACCAUCGCACGCAACAAAAUUAUCGAAAAAAAGGAUAAAACACAAACAUUCAACUUUGCAAUGUCUCUCAGCAGCAUAGUGCCAAAACCAGCAGAAUAUGGCGGCAGCGACAGUACUUGUGCUACUACUGUUGAAGGUUCGCCGGAGAUGCCUGCUGGAAACCAGAACAAGGCAGCGCCCGCCACCCAAGUUAAUUCACAAGCUUUCCUACAACUGACGUUGUACCCUAUAACUUUAAAGUUUGAGGAGGUGUUUUACAAAGUGAAAGUGGACCAGAAAGGGAGUAGGGAUAGCAGCAGAUCUAGAGAAAAAAGUAUACUGAGUGGGAUAACAGGUAUGGUAUGUCCGGGAGAGAUACUAGCCAUGUUAGGGCCAUCUGGAAGUGGGAAGACGACCCUCCUUACUGCCCUGGGAGGGCGCCUCAAUCAUCAGAAUAACAGCAAGUUCAUGUCAGGCAAGAUCAGCUACAACGGCCAGUCAUUCUGCGGGGCCAUCAAACGACGAACGGGAUUCGUUGCCCAGGACGACGUUCUGUACCCGCAUCUCACCGUGACUGAGACUCUUGUGUUCACGGCUAUGCUGAGGCUGCCCAACAGCCUGGGCCGGGACGAGAAAGUGCAGCACGUGGAGCACGUGAUCAGUGAGCUGGGCUUGACUCGGUGCCGGAGCAGCAUGAUAGGGGGCCCACUGUUUAGAGGGAUAUCAGGGGGUGAGAAGAAGAGGGUGAGUAUAGGUCAAGAGAUGCUGAUUAACCCGAGCUUACUUUUGCUGGAUGAGCCCACCUCAGGGUUGGACUCCACUACAGCUCAGCGGAUCCUGACCACACUAAAAAGGCUUGCUAGUGGGGGCCGAACCCUUGUCACCACCAUCCACCAGCCCUCCAGCCGCAUCUACCACAUGUUUGAUAAGCUCGUCCUGCUUUCCGAGGGCUCACCCAUUUAUUAUGGCCCUGCUUCUGCGGCCCUAGAUUAUUUUUCCUCCAUCGGUUUCUCCACGUCCUUGCCUAGUGUUAAUCCUGCUGAUCUUUUGCUGGAUCUUGCUAACGGAAUCGCCCCUGAUUCCAAACAUGCAUGUGAGCAGCGCGAGAAUACGAACACGGAACAGGAGCAAAAGAUGGUGAGAAAAGCUCUCAUUUCUGCCUACGAUAAGAACAUUUAUGCAAAGUUGAAAGAUGAGCUCUGUGCUGGUUUGGAGGUCAACAACUACAACAAUUACAUGAAAGAAGCUGCUUCUGCAAGUAAUUCCUUAAGCAUAUCCUCUCUCGCUCUCAUUUUCCUAGCCCCUGAGCAAUAUUGGUGUACAAGCUGGUGGCACCAGUUCAAGGUGCUGCUUCAGAGGGGGUUAAGGGAGCGAAGGUACGAAGCCUUCAACAGGCUAAGGAUUUUCCAAGUAAUAAGUGUGGCCACGCUUGGUGGACUCCUCUGGUGGCGCACACCCACUUCUCACAUUGAAGACCGUAUCGCUUUGCUCUUCUUCUUCUCCGUGUUCUGGGGGUUCUACCCACUGUACAAUGCAGUGUUCACAUUUCCCCAGGAGAGAAGGAUGCUGAUAAAAGAACGAUCAUCGGGAAUGUACCGGCUUUCAUCGUACUUCCUUGCAAGAACAGUUGGAGACCUGCCGCUGGAGCUGGCACUGCCAACGGCAUUUGUGUUGAUAAUCUAUUGGAUGGGAGGGCUUAAACCGGACCCCUUUACAUUCAUCCUGUCCCUGCUUGUGGUUCUGUACAACGUGCUGGUCUCCCAAAGCCUAGGGUUAGCCAUUGGUGCCAUUCUGAUGGACAUAAAGCAAGCCACCACUUUGGCCUCGGUUACAACACUUGUCUUCCUCAUCGCCGGGGGUUACUACAUUCAACAGAUUCCCCCCUUCAUCGUGUGGCUCAAGUACUUGAGCUAUAGCUACUACUGUUACAAGCUUCUUCUUGGGGUCCAAUACGAUGAGGACGACUUUUAUGAGUGCUCCAAGGGUGUCUUGUGCCGAGUCGGAGAUUUGCCCGCCGUCAAAUCCAUGGGUGGUCUCGAACACUUGUGGCUCGAUGUCUCCAUUCUCGCCUUAAUGUUACUGGGUUACCGCCUUCUUGCUUAUCUUGCACUCCAUCGAGUGCGCUUGAGGAGAUAAUUAAUCAUUAACUUCAUCGAUCAAUCAUCAUCCGAAGAUUUUUCUCCUUCUUCAUCAACUGAUCGAUCGUGCAUCGAGGAGGAACGUAGCUGAAAAUCAUCAAAUUAUGUGGUGGAAAUUUGAGUUGGAAUUAAUUAAAAUCAUAUAUGCUGUAGCCAGCUUAAUUUAAUCGGCUUGAUCGAUAUUAGUUACUGACUUGUAGAAGAUCAUUCUAAUUUCAAAAUAAUACUUUAAUUAUGCUCAAUCAGUUACGAUAAUAAAGAGAAAGAGAACAUAUGCUCUUCAAUUUC